AUGUAAACACUCAAAAAAAAAAAAAAAAAAACUCAGAAAAACUAAAAACUAAUAAAUAAAUAAAUAAAAACAUUGCAGGUAGAUUUGACCUUGAUCGGAAAUAAAGACACCGGAAGUGACAGGUGCCUCAGGUGUAAUGUUUCGCUCGCGCAGAUUUGACAAGUAAUUUCUGCUCUGUUUAACACACCUGUCUGUUUACCUGUGGGAGUUGUUUUCUUGGGCUUGUUCCAUCUUGUUCGUGGACUCAUAAGGGAUUUUGCUUCGUUGAGAGAGAGAGAGAAGAAAAAGUUGAAAUAUUUCCGUGAAACACCUGUAAUGGCGACAAAGUGAAAGCAGAGGAACCUCCGCGUUUUUUCGCCGUCCUGUCAUGGCACACAGAAACUUCAUACUUCUCAUACUCAACUUCUGUCUGGUUGCUGGACAGACUUCACAGUAUGUACUCAAGGGGACAGAAGCCAAAUUGUUACCAAGUAAAACCGUCAGUCAACCGGAAGAAAUUCUAUGGAAACACGAUGGAGACAAAGUGAUUGAGUUCGACGGCAGUGAGGAGAAGGUGUUUGGACAGUAUGAAAACAGGGUCACUCUGUUGUGGGAUUCUGCCGAGCUCAUUAUCGCAGACGUCAGAUAUGAAGACAGCGGGCUAUAUGAACUGGACGCAUUCAUCAAAGGAAAACUGCAUCAUUUCGACUUCAGGCUGACGGUCAUAGACAAAGUUACCAAACCCGUCGUAUCCUGUAAGUUGAUGGAUGAAAGCCUCCAUAACACGUCUGGACCACAGGCCAGAUUGAUGUGCUCUUCAGGAUCCGAACAACCUCAAGAUCUGAAGUUCAAAUGGCACUCGAAUGGAAAAGAGCAACCUGGCCAAGAACUGACAAUAAGUGUGGGAGAUAAACAUGAUGAUGACGAACACAGCUGUACAGUGAGCAACGUCGUGCAUACUGAAACAACUACAUUCACCACAAAGGAGUGCUACCCAGAAGAAUCUUCAGCACUGACUGUCAGUUUAGUGGUGGCAUUGGUUUUACUGUUGGUGUUUGCCAUCUGCGCUGCUCUUUUCUACUUCCGUGAACGACUACUUCAAGCAUGUCUACGAAGAGGGCGGAGUGAUGAUGUUGAAAAGCAGAAAGGAGAAUUAAAUGAGACAGCGACCCAUGAGGAACGCAGUCCUCUUGUACACAGGAAGUCCACACUGCCUUCCAAGCAACCACUGCGUAAUUUUCCCCAAAGUCCUCAAAAUGACUCCGAUCAAGACCCUCCUAAAGAAAUUAAGAGUCUAGAUGAACUUCGGGAACAACGGUCUGUCAAAAAAAAACGAGAGUUUUUUGAAUCCUAUGGACAGGCCACACCUUCACGACCAGCACCACGGAGAGAAAAUGACACCAAAAAAUGUCAGGAACCCAUGUCGUCACCUGCUCUGCUGACCAAUCAGUUGCCUCGUCAUCAAGAUCUGAAUGCUGAUGAAGACAAAGACCCACAGGUUGAGAAUUUAGCCCCUAAUGUAAAAGAAUCAGAACCAGCUGAUGAUGCAGUGCAGUCUUCUGAGGAUGAACAGUCUGAACUACUGUCGCCUGCUGCUUCUGAACAACCAGGGUCAGAGAAAGAGGAAGAUGAGAAUGAGGAAAUAGCGUCCCACCCGUCCAGUGCUGUCUCUUCUCAUACAGCUUCACCACAUUCCCCGCUGAGCCAAAGCGCUCAAAUUAAAGAAACCAAGGACACUGAUGAUGAACACAAAAACGACGGCAGCUCAGAUGAGGUCAGCGAACAGACUGAAGAGAAAAAUAUCAGAGAAUCUGACUCAUCAGGCGCAGGGGAAAUAAAUGAAUCAGGAGAGCCCGGUGAGAAAAAACAAUCCACCAUUCCUGAGCACAAAGGUUCAGAAAUACUGUCACAAAAAGAUGAAAAAUCACCCGCAGAAAACGAAUGCGGCAGUGAAAGUGAAAUUGCCAAGGUGACGAAUCCAUCUUUAGACACCACCCGCUCAGGUCUAGAUCUAGAUCAAGAGAGCAACAAGGUGCGUCAAGAGUCUAAAGGGCAGUCAGAUAACAGCGCAGCAAAGGAUGAUAAAAAUAACAAUCAAGGGGAAGAGAAAAAUGAUGUCGAAUGUGGUUCAGCCGACGAAGAGCCAGGUAAUGAUCAUCCGAGUCAGGAUGAAAAAGAGCAAAAGGCUGAUGCUGUUUCCUAGGCUUUCACUCAAGAAGACGGGGAAAAGGGACAGUAUUUGUGACAGUAGUUAUCGAUCAUGUAAUAAAAAUGUUUAAAGUAAAGAUGGAAUGUCACAGAGCUUUGACAGCAAAGAGAAUGCACAGAGUAACAGAUUUUACAGAGGGAUAUUUCCCUCAAAUGUCCAGCUUUUAUCAAAAACUAAUUUAGAAACAGUAACAUGGAAACUAAUAGAGAGCAGAAAAUAGACUUCGAAUUGGAGUAGAAGUACAGUGAGUGUUGUUUACUGUAUAUUGAGCAAAAAAAUUGAUUAAUCUACUUAAAGGCAGUUAUACUACAAAUGGUACCAUCAUAUCUGAACAAAAAUAAGUAAAUAAAUUAGUAAAUCACUUGUUAUAAAAAAAAAACUUAAUGAGUUUGAUUAGAAGUAGCUCUUAAUGCGAAGGAGGAAUGAAGAGUUCUGCUUUUGUUAUUAGCUUUUAUAAGCUUGAUAGAAUAGGUAUUUUUUAUUUUUAUUUUUUACCAGUGCAAAUAUUAUGUUUUAAUAUAUUUAGAAGGGUUAACAAAAGCUGCAUGUGAUUUCAGAAGCACUAACCUAAUGAAUGUACUAUGAUCACUGACCUUUCAUCUCACUACAGUAUGAGAAAUAACUACUAGUCCUCUAAACAUCAUAUCAUGUAUUAUACCAUAUGUACCAUAUACUAUGUUUAACCUCAAUCUAAGGUAAAGUACUGGUGUAAAAUGCAAAUCCGAAUAUUUGAAAAUAUUUGGUUGAUUGUAUUUGCCAGGAAAAAAAAACAGCAGUAUAGCUCAGGGUUUCUUCACAUUAAUCCAUUCAGUGUCUGUGAUUUAAAUGCCUCAAACUACAGCUAUUUUAUUUGGGUUUUGUUUUUAUAUCUUGUAAAUGUGUUUUGUGGUUGACACUUGUGCUCUUUUUUGUCAGUAAAAGACAUGCUGAGUGUAUGA